UCGAGUAAACUGUUUCCUUCUCAUCUGCCACGUUGACGGUGUAGUAACGUGAAAGAUGGAAAGUAAAUCGAAGACUCGAGAAGCGACGCAUGCGUAACACCUAAAACGGGCACGAAAAUGCCGGUUGUGGCGGUGUACGAAGAGCCUUCUUGUCAGCAGAAUGUUCAACCAUACAGGUGGAAAUGGACUCCGGCAAGGAUUUACCACUGGGUACUUUCAUUUAGCAUCCCUGCGUAUGUCAUGUGGCGAUACGCGAGCAACCAAUACAGCACAUUUCUCGUGGAACAAAUGCCAGAUGGUUUCAAGAAGAGUCCUUACGGGCUUCAGAAACAGCAAGACGUGAUGAACUGGGGGUGGCAAACCACGAAAUACGUCAUUACCAAUACUUGGCAGUGGUACCUCUUGCAUCCCGUCCUUGGCCGGUUGACGGCGUAUGCCGCACCAUCGCUGGUUCCCAUCUUCUACGCUGUCUACUCCUCUCUUUUUGUGGCCUUCAACUUCGGCUGGGAAGUGACUGUGCUGUACCUGGGCCAACACGCCGCAUUCUACGCCGCAGCGGCACUGCGCAUCCCACUACUCUGUUACGUGGUCGCCCUCGUCAUCCACUGCCAGAAGUUUGUUCUCCCUUUUGAGCCCUUCGAGUACAUGUUCCCCAGGUACGGCCUGAUGCCAUACAGGGCAGCCUUCGUCGCCUUCCACUGGAACCUCAUGCGCGGACACAGCUUCAGCCUCGACUUUGUCCGAGCGGAGCGGCAGAACCAAUGGGGGCACAGCAGACGUCGGUGGCCGCCGUACUGGCAGUCACUAGCUUACUUUGUUUACCUACCCACGGUGUACCUGGGUCCACCCCAGAACUACGAUGACUACGUGGCCCAGCUGAACAAGACAAGACCGACGUGCACGCCAAGGAUUGUUGCUGGCGCCAUUGCAAGGCUACUUCGUUCGGCGGCUCACUUCUUCCUUAUGGAAAUCAUGAUCCACUUCUUCUACAGUGCGGCGAUGUCCCACUGGUCCUGGAUGGCCCACAGCCUCGACCUCUUCAGCCUUGUGGGUUACGGCAUGUCCCUGCUGUUCUUAUUCUACGUGCGCUACCUGUUCACCUACGGCUUCGCUGGCGCCCUAGCGAAUGCGGAGGGCAUUGAGGUACCUCCGCACUCUCCGUGCAUAGCCAGAAUGCAUCGGUGCUCGCACUUCUGGAGGUACUUCGACCGGGGCAUGCACAAGUGGAUCCGAAGGUACAUCUACGAGCCAGUCCUGGGUGGCAGUCGCCGGGCCCACAGGUUGAUUCUGGGUACGGCGGUGGCCUUUACUUUUACCUGGGUCUGGCACAGCAUGCACGGGCACGACGGCAUCUGGUGCGCACUAAGCGUGCUCGGCAUUGUCCUCGAGGUGAUCACCACAGAGGUGAUGAAAUGGGCGCCCAUUAAGAAGUUUCAGGGUCGCUACCUCGCUUCCUCGGAGCGGAUGCGAGAGGCGAAAGCCUUGCUGGGGUCGCCGCAUUUCCUGCUCACAAUCUCUGCUUGCAUCUUCCACUUGGCUGAACUGGACCUGAGCCUCGUCAUCGUGAGGAGGAUCCUAACCGGUUUCCCAUUCCCAUUAGUUCCUAUACUGGUUGUCCUCUACAGCACAAGUCAUGUUAGCAUGGAUGUGGCCGACUGGGAAGCGGCUGCAGUGGCGAAGCAUAAACAAGCCGCAUCGUGAACAACUCGAGCUCACCGCUUUACAAACCAGCCGGGAGUUGCACCAAUUACCUCAUUGCUUUCUUCCCUUAUCCGGCGUUAUAGAGAAUAAGUGCCGGCUGCAGCGGGCAUUGUAGUGGACGCUAGGGUACAACUAAGUUAACCGAAACGCUCUGCUACAGUAAACAAGUCAAAGGAAUAGGAUAACGACUUUGCAAACUUUUGGAGAGAUUCAUGGCACUGGCAAACAGAUCUAUUGUAACGAGAAAGGGUGGGAGUUCUCAUUAACGCAUCUCAAGCACCUUCACGUCGUUUUCAACAAAUAUGCACACAUAUCCGAUCGGUUACUGUACUUUAUCAAUAAAAGCUUCUCAACAAUGCU